AAAUCUAUCCGGAAGGAAGGCUAGUCAAACAGUUAAGCGUUAUGUAAUAUGAUGAGGAAAAAACUGGCUCUCUAGUUCAAGCAGGAAGUGCAGGAAACCCUGGGAAAGAAAAGCAAAAGGACUUCAGCAAUAGCCCGUUUCUAGAUCUCAUUAAGAUGGAUCCUUCAUCUCGGCCAAAGCUGUUUGAUUUUCAUGGAGUCUCAAUGACGAACAUUUUCACAGACAACUGGGAAAACAUCCAAAAUUUUCAAGCCAGACCAGAUGAUAUACUUAUUGCUACAUAUCCUAAAGCAGGGACCACAUGGAUCUCCCAAAUCCUUGACAUGCUGUAUUUCGGGCAGGAGUCUCCAGAGCGUCUGACAUCCCUCCCUAUCUAUGAGAGAGUGCCUUUUUUGGAAAUGACCAUCCCUAACUUGGUGUCAGGAAAAGACCAGGCAGAUAAUCUUGCCACCACCCCUCGACUCAUAAAAACCCAUUUUCCUGUGCAAUUUGUACCAAAAUCCUUUUGGGAGCAGAACUGCCGGAUAAUCUAUGUAGCCCGCAAUGCAAAGGACAACUUGGUGUCUUUUUAUCACUUUGCUCGCAUGAACAAAGCCCAGCCUGAAGCUGGAGACUGGAACAGCUUCUUCCAGAGAUUCUUGGAAGGAAAAAUGGUGUUUGGCUCCUGGUACGAGCAUGUAAAUGGUUGGUGGAAGAAGAAACAAACCUACUCAAAAAUCCACUACAUGUUCUAUGAAGAUAUGAUCGAGGACACUGGACGUGAAAUUGACAAACUCUGCGACUUUAUUGGCUUAUCUCCAUCUGCCGAGGUGAAGGAAAUGGUCAGGAGUGGAGUGCAGUUUGACAACAUGAAAAAGAACAAGAUGACCAACUAUUCCACACUGCCAAUUAUGGAUUUUAAGGUUUCUCCCUUCAUGAGAAAAGGAAAAGUUGGGGACUGGAAAAAUUACUUUACUGUGGCUCAAAAUGAAGCAUUUGAUGAAGACUACAAGAGAAAGAUGAAGGACAGCCCACUGCAGUUUCGCUUUGAAUUCUGAGCAGGAGAAAUGACAAAGAGGACCGCACUGAAUAAAUGAGUUAUACAUUUAGACUAAAAUGCUGUAG